AUCUUGUGGAUUGUCGUGCUAACACUCUCAAUCAUCCUCGUUGACCCCAAAAAUUGGAACCGGAUACCAGGAUGAAGACUCUAAGCACUAAGCCUGCUUUAAUCAUAAUUCAUUGUAAAAUCCACAGACGCCAUUAUUCCACCAACCAAAACCUGACAACCUGGUUUAACCAGUACGUAGAUAAGACCAAUGUCUUCUCCUGGAACUCUGUCAUCGCCGACCUGGCUCGCAGCGGCGACUCCAUCGAAGCUCUUCGUGCUUUCUCUUCAAUGCGCAAGCUUUCCCUCAACCCAAAUCGCUCCACUUUCCCUUGUGCCAUCAAAGCAUGCUCUGCUCUCCACGAUAUUCUCUCCGGCAAGCAAGCCCACCAACAGGCUUUCAUCUUUGGCUAUCAAUUUGAUCUCUUUGUCUCAUCAGCUUUAAUCGAUAUGUACUCUAAGUGUGGCCACUUGGCAGAUGCACGGACAUUGUUCGACGAAAUUCCUCAACGAAAUAUUGUCUCUUGGACAUCGAUGAUUACUGGGUAUGUCCAAAAUGAUAAUCCUCAUCAAGCCUUAUCUCUUUUCAAGGAGUUGGUCGCGGAAGAAAGCGAGGCUGGUGGAGAUGGGGAGGUAUUUACGGAUCCGGUGGCUAUGGUUUCGGUUCUUUCAGCUUGUUCUCGCGUACCAGAGAAGGGAGUCACUGAAGGUGUUCAUGGGUUCGUGGUAAAGCGGGGUCUUGACGGUCAUGUGGGUGUUGGGAAUACUCUGUUGGACGCUUAUGCCAAGUGCGGCGAGGCGGGUGUUCGUGUGGCGAGAAAAGUGUUUGAUGGGAUGGUUGAUAAGGAUGAUGUUUCAUGGAAUUCAAUGAUUGCUGUGUAUGCACAAAAUGGAUUCUCCACAGAAGCUUUGGAAGCUUUCUACAGAAUGGUAAAUGAUGGUGAUGAUGUGAGCUUCAACGCCAUUACCUUAUCCGCAGUGUUGCUGGCUUGUUCUCAUUCAGGGUCUCUGCGAGAAGGGAAGUGCAUACAUGAUCAGGUUAUAAAGAUGAAUUUGGAGGAUAAUGUAAUCGUGGGCACCUCAAUAAUUGACAUAUACUAUGUUUUACUUUCAAACAUAUAUGCUGAUGCUGGAAGGUGGGAAGAUGUUGAGAAGAUGAGAAUAGUUAUGAAGAACUGUGGACUGGUUAAACCACCUGGAUUCAGUUUGGUUGAACUGAAAGGUAAGGUUCAUGUAUUCUUGGUUGGAGACAAAGAACAUCCUCAGCACGAGAAGAUAUACGCGUACUUGGAGGAACUUAGUGUGAAACUACAGGAAGUUGGUUAUGUCCCCAAUAAGACAUCAGUUCUUCAUGAUGUUGAUGAAGAAGAGAAGGAGAUGACUUUACGAGUUCACAGUGAGAAACUCGCUGUUGCUUUUGGAAUCAUGAAUUCUUUUCCUGGUUCAACUAUCCAGAUCAUCAAGAACCUUAGGGUCUGCAGUGAUUGCCAUACUGUAAUUAAAUUAAUCUCGAAGGUCACUAAUCGCGAAAUUCUUGUCAGGGAUUCAAAAAGAUUCCAUCAUUUUAAGGAUGGAUUGUGUUCAUGUGGAGGUCAUUGGUGAUAUACCCGUUUAGGAAA